AUGAAGUGGACCUACCUCACCCUGGCUCUGGCAACAGCCACAGCUGUUGCCCUUCCAUCUCCCAACAAACCAGCGGAGAAGCCACACCCAGGCAAAGGAGAUGACGAUUGUGUUUGUGAUGCUGAUGGCCUCCUAGAUCUGCUCGAGGAACUGCCAUCAGCGGGUGCGUUCUGUCGUCGUUUGCUUGACAUUGCUCCUGUCGUCAUCACAAGCACUCGCUCCGCAACUCCCUCGCCUCAGACUGUUUGGAACACGAAUACCGUGACGGACACUCAUACCUGGACUCAGACAAACACCGAUGUGCUGUGGGCAACAGUCACCGGUUCUCCUUCGACCGUCACUCAAUACGUUACUGUUACCGAUACUGAGUCUGUACCUGCCACUGUCACGGACACGGAUUUCGCUACGAUUACAGGUUAUGUCACCGCCGAUGUCACAUCAUCUGUUUUUGUCACCAACACUCGGACGCUGACAAGUGACCUCACACAAACCGAAACGGAUUAUUUCACGAACGUUGCGUACAACACGCAGUCUGUUUAUGUUACUGAAACCGUCACGGAAAGCUAUACCAACACGAUCACUGACUACUCCACACUCGUUGUUAUUGACUACAUCACCUCAACAGUGCCAUCCUAUGUGUCAAACUACAUUACGGAUGUCACGACUCAGACCAUUACAAACUAUCACACAGCUACUUUAACCUUGUCUUUUACCGAUACUGCCACAGCUACAGUCUCGGACGUAGAGUCAAUUACCUUAACUGUACCCGAGACUGCCACUACAUACCAGACUACAUCGCCUACCGUCAUUCAAACAGAGGUUGAUACCGUAUCUAACACCAUUCCGGUUACUCAAGUCAUUGACACUACCGCAACAGCUACUGCUUUCACCACCACUUCUGUCACUGCCACUGUUACGGCGCCUCUACGUCGACGUGCGCUUGCUGAGCGCAAGUCUGGCUCAGAUCAUCCCACUCCGAACGAGUUAAAAGAUUACUCGCGUGAGAAGCUUUCCAGUGCUUGCUCAGAGUUGCAUGUUCCUGCUGCCACCGAAACAGUAUGGGUCACUCAGGUUGUAGCUCGGCCAACGGUUACCCGCACCACUACCACCCAUGUUCCGGCCGCAGGUGCGCAGACCGUUGUCGUCACCAUGUAUGUCACCGAUUACGUGACCUUGGCGCCAGCUCCUGUGACAGUUGCAGAAACAACUGUUGUAGAGCAAACUGUCCCAUAUGUUGUGACCGUUGACGUUACCAGCACUGCUGACGUGACUCUCACAAACACCGAAACCGAUGUGGCUACUAUAACUGCGACUGAGGACCAGUGGGCAACAGUGACUGACUGGGUCACUUUCGAUUCCACUGUGGAUGCCACCUCAUCUGUUACUCUCACUAUUGAUGUCAGUGAGACCGCUUCAGUGACCGCUUGGGUCACCACUACAGCUACGCCCACAAUAACAAGCGACGUGACGGUCACCCAGGCUGUCCCUCAAACCGUGGAUGUGACAAUUGACCAGACUGCCACCGCAACCGCUGACGUGACGAACACCGACACUAUAUCGACGACUUCCACGAUGACUGUUACAACAACGGUCGAUGUUGUUCAGGUCUCGACCUUCACUUCGACAUCGUCUGUGACCAUAACAAUCACCGCACCAGUUACAGUCCCAACCACUGUUUACACAACCGUCCCAGUCACACAGACAGUUCAAUCAGUAUCAACCAUUGACGUGACGGUUACUAAAACAGUUUCAGCAACGACAACUACAACGUUCACACCAGUUCCAACAUGCGGUUUCAAUGUGAUCCAAAACGGUGACUUCAACACCGGUGCAGUUAGCCCGUGGACCAUCGCCCCAACCGGUGCCAGCACCUACAGUUUUGUACCUGGCUGGUCCAACACACUUUCAUUGGACAGUGUUCAAACUGGUUCAGGAACCACUACUCUAAAGCAGGUACUCAAGACAGUCGCCGGUAAAACAUAUGCAUUUUCGGUUAAUUACGACUUUUCUGGUCGCACCUCCGGGGCAUCUUUUGCGUGCGCAUUCGAUAACGCAGGUUCUACAAAUCUCGUAUCAAAGCUAUCCACCGCAGCACCUUAUGUGUGGCAAACAUUCUCCGGGUCUAUGGUUGCCUCCUCGUCAUCUACUACCAUGACCUGUACGAUCCAUUCUGCUCAAGGGCUUUCCCUAGUGCUGGAUAACUUCAGCUUACAGUGCUAG